AUUAUCUGUGGAAUGUUAAGUUAACCUCCUAUACUCCUAUCUGUCAAUUGUCAAGCGUUUAUAAACUCAUCGUGAAUCGCAUAUUUUGAAAUUAUUUAUCCAGUUUUGCUUGGAAAGUUAUGGCUUCAGAAAGAUAUAGCUUUUCGUUGACGACUUUUAGUCCGUCCGGAAAACUUGUUCAAAUUGAAUAUGCAUUAGCCGCAGUUGCUGCUGGAGCCCCAUCCGUAGGCAUUAAAGCAUCUAAUGGAGUUGUUAUAGCUACAGAAAAUAAGCAUAAGUCAAUUUUAUAUGAUGAACAUAGUGUUCAUAAAGUAGAAAUGAUCACAAAUCACAUUGGAAUGAUAUAUUCCGGUAUGGGUCCCGAUUAUAGACUGCUAGUUAAGCAAGCUCGUAAAAUGGCUCAACAAUAUUUCUUGGUUUAUCGUGAGCCUAUCCCUACAGUCCAAUUGGUGCAACGUGUUGCGGCUGUCAUGCAAGAAUACACUCAGUCAGGAGGUGUUAGGCCGUUUGGUGUAUCAUUAUUGAUAUGCGGCUGGGAUAGUGAGAGGCCAUACUUGUUUCAAUGUGAUCCUUCAGGAGCUUACUUUGCCUGGAAAGCUACUGCUAUGGGUAAAAAUUAUAUUAAUGGGAAGACAUUUUUAGAAAAAAGAUACAGUGAAGAUUUGGAACUAGAUGAUGCAGUUCAUACUGCAAUAUUAACUUUAAAAGAAAGCUUCGAAGGACAAAUGACUGCUGAUAAUAUCGAGGUGGGAAUAUGUGAUUCAACAGGUUUUAAAAGGUUGGACCCAUCUCAUGUAAAAGACUACUUAGCAAAUAUCCCAUAAUUUUAAUAAGGAAUAGGAUGUACUUUAAACGAAGAACAUAACUUUCAUUCUUUUUAAUAAAUAAUUUAAAAAUUAUAUUAGCCACUUAAGGUGGGUUCAUACUUUGAUUAUUAGCCCUAACCUUAACCUUAACAUUAACCAUAAGAAAUAAUUAACCUUGAGAACUUAAGGAAAGGCCGUUCAUACUUCUCUUACUUGUCUUAAGAAAAAAUCAAUAUUCUCGUAAGCGCUUGCUCUCAUAUAAAACAUAUGUUUUGAACUAACCUAAAUUUACAAUUAUUUUUAUUAUUUCUAAUACUAGAGAAACGAAUUUUUACAUUAAUACUUUCUAAACCAAAAAAUAUAUGAUUUAUUAACAUUUAUAAACCAUCAAAUUCAACAUUUCAGAUAUUAUUUCGAGAAUUCUUAAAACCCCUAGCUUUGAGCAUGCGCGAUUCAGUUUUGAAUUGGCAUUAGCCCUAAGAAUAUAAAAUAUCCCAACCUGUUAAGACUAAGGCUAAUGUUAGGACCGAUACAAUGAGAGCAUGAACGCUAGCGUUCGUUAACGUUGAUUCAUAUUCUUGGGGUUAGGACUAAUGUUAGUGUUAGGGCUAAGAUCGGAAGCAUGAACCCACCAUUAAUGGAACAUUGUCACUUUUUUAUUAAAUUCUUGAAUACAUGUGAUAAAGGUUUUUUUAACCAUGGAAAAAAUAAAAUCAACGUUUUAUGACCUUA